UAUAAUGUAUAUAUACUCACAUUUUUAUAAUUUUUUUUAAAUAUGUUUUUUAAUAACAUCCGAAACCGUUAAAUUUCUAGUACGUUUUAAAAAUUCAAAAAUGGCCGAUGCAACGCCACCUAAAAUAUAUGCACUCAACUUCAAUAUCAAAACCGACAUCUCAGAGGAGAUAGUUACAAAAUUUUUUCAAGCUCAAGCUAAUCUGCUUGGUCUAAAGGGUUACAUACAAAAGGAGGCGGAAAACAAUUACAAAGGGGCGUUGGAAGGUGAUUCAGUUAUAAUAGACAAAUUUAAUUUAGCUUUGGAAGAGGCUGAACAGUUUAAGAAUCAAGACUUUGCUUUUUCCUCGCAAACUAAAGAAAUCCAAACCUUUACUAUGGAAUCUUUCGAAGUAUUAAAUCAACAGUAGCAACCAAGCAGAAGUAAACAAAUUUAAUAGUUCGUCAAAUUGUUGAUAAUUGGAUAAAGUGUAUAUAUAGUACAUAUAUACAUUGGAAUAAUGUCCCAAUAGAAAGAAUAAGACUGUUUCGUGUACAAAACAAAUCGAAAGGUAAACAACAGAUGUAUAAAUUUAUUUUACUCUUUACGCUUGCCUUCGAAGCAUUUUUCAUGUGUAACGCACGUCCACAAUCACAGAUACAAACACAAAUAGAACAGAUAGUAUCACAAGUACCAUUGGGGCCACAAUUAAGUGAAGCUGCCUCACAAGCUGCGUCCGUUGCCAAUACAAUUGGUGCAGGUUUAUUCCCAGUAUUUUUCCCCGUACCUAAUACUGAGAAGAAAUCAGAAGCUGCAGAAACACCAGCUUCUACACGCACACUCAUACAUCUUGAUCCACGUCCUUACUAUAGUAUUGCAUCACCAGCGCAAGUUAUUGACUAUGUGCAAGUUCCUGUCAUAUUGACACCAUUGCAUACUAUACGUGCCCGUAGCUUAACACCAGAUCAACAAGGUAAUAUUUUAGCAGUGCCUUUGCCAGAGGUUAAGAAACCAGAAGCGCUGCCAUUACAAGAUGCUAAAUUGGAUGCCAGUAAUGCUGAAAAAAGUGAGAAAAAAUCUGCAAUUGGUAGGUGCUUGGAAUCAAAUACUUUAAAGGAAGAUUCGAAGGAGGACAGCAAGAAGGAAGAGAAAGAAAAAGAAGAACUCAAACCGUUAGCUGAACCCGAUUUAAAGAAGGACUUAGCUCAACCGCAACUUAAGGCCGCAGAAGUACACGAUUUAUUCAAAGCAGUUGGAGUUGUAAACGAUAUUGUGCCUCAGUCCAAAGUUGUCUAAUUUGUAGAUUUAUGAAGGUACUUCACGUUCGAGAAUAGAACAACUAUGAAUAAAAAUUUCGGAUUUUAGGAUUAUGGGUUACUUUAGCUGCAACUGCAGAAACAGAUAAAAAGGGAAUGUAAUAAACUUCCUCAUCUAACUAACAUAGGGUUUUUUAUAAUUUCAAUAUUAACCAGCACACUUUUCAACGAUUACUGACAAGUAUUACAUCCUUCAUAUAAUAUUACGCAAACAUAUAUAUAUAAAAGUAAAUAUAGUUACAUACAUACUCAUUGUCAUCAUUUAUAUUUCAUGAUCAUCAAAAUAAAAAGGAAUAAAUUAA